GCGGCUGCAGACACGGUCGCGGGCGCGGAGCUGUUCGGCGGGACCCGGCCGGACGGGCGCCGGGGAGCCUCGCGCGGUCCCUCCCGCCGAGACGCGGAACCGGCGGGGGCCUGGCGCCAGAAUCGGGUCGCGGCCGCUCCAGCGAGAGCCUGCCCCCUGCUGGCGGGACCACGGCUGCAGGCCACCCACCUGACCGUCCGGGAAGAUGAGCGCCUGCGGGAGGAAGGCGCUGACCCUGCUGAGCAGCGUCUUUGCCGUGUGCGGCCUGGGCCUCCUGGGCAUCGCCGUCAGCACCGACUACUGGCUGUACCUGGAGGAGGGCGUGGUCCUGCCCCAGAACCAGAGCACAGAGAUCAGGAUGUCCCUGCACUCGGGCCUGUGGCGUGUCUGCUUCCUCGCAGGUGAGGAGCGCGGACGCUGCUUCACCAUAGAGUACGUGAUGCCCAUGAACAGCCAGCUGACGUCCGAGUCCACGGUCAACGUUCUGAAAAUGAUUCGCUCGGCCACACCGUUCCCUCUGGUCAGUCUCUUCUUCAUGUUCAUUGGGUUCAUCCUGAGCAACAUCGGGCACAUCCGUCCGCACAGGACCAUCCUGGCCUUUGUCUCCGGCAUCUUCUUCAUCCUCUCGGGCCUCUCUCUGGUGGUGGGCCUGGUGCUCUACAUCUCCAGCAUCAACGACGAGAUGCUCAACAGGACCAAGGACGCGGACACCUACUUCAGCUACAAGUACGGCUGGUCCUUCGCCUUCGCUGCCAUCUCCUUCCUCUUAACGGAGAGCGCGGGCGUGAUGUCCGUGUACCUGUUCAUGAGGAGGUACGCCGCCGAGGACAUGUACAGGCCUCACCCCGGCCUCUACCGCCCGCGGCUGAGCAACUGCUCCGACUACUCAGGCCAGUUCCUGCACCCAGACGCCUGGGUCCGGGGCCGCAGCCCCUCCGACAUCUCCAGCGACGCCUCGCUGCAGAUGAACAGCAACUACCCAGCCUUGCUCAAGUGCCCCGACUACGACCAGAUGUCGUCCUCGCCCUGCUGAGCUCACUGCCUACCCCCCUCCCCUGUC